CAGAAGGGGUCUAGUGAAGGUUAGGAGGAAUUCAAGCCAAGAAAGAGGCACAACAGUUUUCAGGAUUUGUUGUUUUGUUUAACAUCUUGUGUGAAUAAUUAAAAUCAUAAAGUAUUUACAGAAAAAUACACCUGAAAGUUAGGUAGCAGCGUGCUUUCCCCUUUAAGAAAUAAACAGUCUUCUCAUACAGGCUCUUGGAUUGAUUGUUGCAAGUUGCACUUGUCACUGCACUGGAUGCCUUUUCGAGGGUAUUAAAGUGUUUGUGUUCGAGGAGCUGUAUUGGAAGUUGAUGGUGAGCCAAUCAGUAUUAAAGGUCAAACACUUUGUAAGAACUUAAGAAACAGAGAAAAAAGCCUCUUUGCUGAAAGUUUUUUUAAAUGAACUUCUUCAUCAUGCCAAGGAAUUUCCAAAAUAACCGACUAAGAGUGGAUAGGAGCUGAAGCCAGCCAUGGAUCGUGAGGGCAGUGCUCAGGUCAAGCACAGCUUGAAUCUGCUUCGGCAGAUUAAUACCAUGAAGGACGCAGAUGAGUUGACGGAUGUCAUGCUCUUGGCUGAAGAAUGCCAGUUCCCUUGCCAUCGGCUUGUAUUGGCUGCAUUCAGCCCGUAUUUCCGAGCAAUGUUCACCUGCGGCCUGGCAGAAUGCAGCCAGAGGGAGGUUGUGUUACACGAUGCGCAGGCAGAGGGUGUGGCAACAAUUCUGAACUACAUGUACAGCUCCGAACUGUGCCUCACCAACUCCAACGUCCAGGCAGUGGCCACCAUGGCUUACUUCCUCCAGAUGGAAGGUGUCUUCCUGACUUGCCAGAAAUACAUGAUGGAUCACAUGGACGUGUCAAACUGCCUCGGGAUUUAUUACUUUGCUAAGCAGCUGUCAGCCGAAGACCUGGCUGAUCAAGCUGGUAAGUACCUUCACCGACACUUUGCAGAGGUCUGUCUGCAGGACGAGGUGCUGGAGGUAGAAGGACAUCAGCUGCUACCUUUGAUCUGCUCUGAUGAUCUCAAUAUCUCACGUGAGGAGAGCAUUUUGGAUCUGGUUGUUCGCUGGGUGAACCACGACAGGAACUCCCGGGCAGCCCACCUUGUGGAGCUCAUGAAGCGGGUAAGACUGGAGCUUAUUAGUCCCAGCUUCCUGAGGGAGACCCUCAAAAGGAACACCAUCCUCCUCAGCAAUGGGGAAUGUUACAGCAUGAUUCAGGUUGCUAUAGAGACCAUCCAUAAAGCCCAGCAGCAUCCAUCUCUCAGUCUGCGUUAUGGGAUGGAAAAUACUGAUCUCCUUCUCUGCAUUGGUAACAACGGCCAAGGAAUCAAGUCAAGACACAGGAGUUACACCGAAGCCAGCUACUGUUAUGCACCGGCAACAAAGAAAUGUUACUAUAUUGUGUCACCGAGAUGCAGUGAAGCUUUAGGGUAUGUCAGCACUGGAAUUGUGACUGAAAAUAAUGACAUUAUUUUGGCUGGUGAAGCAGGAGUGAACAAACUAUCGAGACAAAAGGCAAGGAAUGUGGAGAUAGUGAGGUACCACGUCCGAGGGAGUCAGCACUGGGAGAACCUUUGCUCAGCUCCGUUUCGAGAGCUCUACGCGGCGGGAACGGCCCACGGUGACUUGUACCUCAUCGGAGGCCAGAUGAAGCUCAAGGGCCGAUACAUGAUCACAAACAGUGUGGACAAGUGCAUCCUGGAGACAGGCCAGUGGAGGAGUGUGGCACCAUUGCCUUUGCCCCUGGCGUGUCAUGCUGCAGUUACGGUCCAAAACCACAUCUACGUCCUGGGAGGAUGGACACCACAGACGGAUUUUCCCGAUGAUGAACCUGAUCGGCUCAGCAACAGGAUGUUUCGGUAUAACCCAGGCAGAGACAAAUGGACUGAGUGUGGGCCCAUGGAGUUCUCCAAAUAUCGUUUCAGUACAGCUGUGCUUAACAAUGAAAUUUACGUUUUGGGUGGGAUAGGCUGCAGUGGGCCGGACCGAGGCCAGGCCAGGAGGUGUUUGGAUGCUGUGGAAAUCUACAACCCGGAUGGAGAUUUCUGGAGGGCAGGGCCUCCUCUGCCAACCCCGAUUCUGUCACUACGCACCAACUCCACCAACGCCGGGGCAGUGGAGGGAAAGCUGUACAUCUGUGGAGCAUUCCGCGGAGCAGAUCGGCAUGAAGUCAUUGUUAAAGACAUCUUGGAAUUGGAUCCUUGGGAGAAUCAGUGGAAUAUAGUGGCCCACAAUGUCCUCAUGCACGACAGCUAUGAUGUCUGUCUGGUCGCAAGGCUCAAUCCAAGGGACCUCAUUCCUCCGCCUCCAGACUUGGUGGACCAAUGAGAAAAGAGUGGCAUGGGCUAUUUGGGAGGGGGUGUGGGGGAGUGUGGGGUGUGGGGAGUCUUGAAGCUUGGCUAUGGUUCAGUAGGCAACAAUUUCACCCUGGCAUCCAAAGGUUAUGGGCGUAAGUCCAUACUCCAGUUCUGGACACAGACUUGGCAACGAGACUAUCCAUGUGUGGUACUGAGGGAGUGCUGCGCUGUUGGAGGUGCCAUCUUUCAGAUGUUAAACCUGGCUUGUCCUCUGAGGUGGAUGUAAAACACCCACUGGCCCUUUCUGAAGAAGAGCUGAGGAGCAUUCCCUGAUGUUUUAGCCAACAUGUAUCCCUCAACCAACAUCAUUAAAUACAGCUUUU